CUGUUUUUUCAAUUGAGGGAAACAGAUAAAGAUUUUGAGUCAUGGGCAAUAGAGAUAUCUCUGUAGAAGAGAUCGUUAUUGAGUUUAAGUUACUUCAACGAAGCCCAAAAUCCUAAGCCUUCGAUUUCGACCCUGCGACCUUCCUGAUUUGGUCGCCUGAGAUGGGGAAGACUCCAGUAGGCAACAGAGAGGAGCUUGUGAAAGCAGUAUUAGCAGAAUUGUUAUGGACUUUCUUGUUUGUGUUUUCAGGGCUUGGAUCUGCCAUAACAAUGGAGAAGCUGCCGGUGGAAGAGCCGUCGGCAACAGGCUCAAGAGUAGUGGCCUUGGUCUUGAUCCACACUUUUCUACUGUUUGCAUUGAUUUCAGCGGCUUUUAACAUCUCAGGAGCACACCUAAACCCGUUGGUCACAUUGGGCUUAGCGAUGUUCGGGCACAUCACCAUCUUCAGGUCGCUUCUCUACGGGAUUGCACAGUUCCUGGGCGCGGGAAUCGCCUGCUACUUUCUUGUUUUUCUCACCGGCUACCUGGUAACACCUGCGCAAGCAAUGGUGUUGGGCGUGAGAGUGUUCACAAUUGGGAGCUUUUAUGAAUCCUCUUCGCUCUUUUGGACUCGGCUUGCCCAGCGGAAAGCGCAAGGAGCACUCAGAAGGUCCUCUCAUGGCCGGCAGCCUGGAUGAUUUUAUUUCAGUUAUUUGAGGAAGAUAAAAAUCAAUUAGAGGGCCAUCUUCUUUGUCAAAUUUAAUAGGAGGAGGUCCAAACAUGGAAAAGAGUAUGAAGACAAAUUAAGAAUGUAAUUUUUCUGUUGUCUGGUAAAAGUCAUUAAAAUCUUUUAUUCAUUCAUUCACUAUUAUCAAUCAAGUGUUUUUCUAUACCAGCAAUCUCCCUCAAAGUGAAAUGAGUCUGGUAGGGUUUGACAAGUUC